AUGGAGAACAAUUUUGCGAUACCAGAAUUACCAUCAGGUCAUACUUUAUAUUUUGUGUUCUUGACUUCAUGGGGUGAUCCUAAUUUUGUCGGCAUCAACACUAUUGAAUUAUUCAAUGCAAAUGGUGAACGUCCUGAUUUUCAGUCUAUCGAGACGAAUGCAACUGAAACUAUUGGAGAUCUUGAAAACAUCCUGUAUGCUGGUCAUUUUUUAUGCACCGAUCCUCUGAGAAUGUGGUCAGCUAGGUAUGAUAUAUUGGAUAAAGAUGAAGUUCGAAUAAAGAUUCAACUGAAAACAAUUGAACGACUCGCAAUGAUAAGAAUAUGGAACUAUAGUGAAUGUCGAGUCCAUUCAUUACGUGGCGUUCGACAUUUGCGCAUUGAUUUCGAUAACCAAACAAUAUUUCGAGGAGAGAUUUCUUGUGCGUAUACCAACGAAUCUGGCGAAUAUCCACUUGGCGAUACAAUCCUUUUUACAACUGAUGAAGAAAUUCUUGAAAAUAUUGCAAAUAAUGAUAUUUGUUUUGCUGGUGAGGAAUUUAUUAUGGAUAAUCUAAAUUUGGAUAAAUUUGGAUUACUUUCUAUCAGCUCAAAAAAUCCAGAUGAAAUGAAUUCAUCUGAGAAUUCAUUUAUGCUCUCUCGUCGACCGACUACGGGAGACCGCCAAGAAGAAGAAAAAUCAACUUCAAACGAAAACUUGGAUUAUAUUGAUAAUAGUGGAAAAAUUACUUUACUGCCAGAUAAGGAGCGAGCAUCUGAGAUUGCGAAAACAAAUGUAUUUCAAAUGGAGCUUUAUGAAAACUGGGGAGCACCUGAUUGCAUUGGCUUAACUGGACUUCAAUUUCUUGGCUCUAGGACCACAGUCCUCGAUAUCAAACAUUGCUUGGCUACUGCAUCAACUGGUUUACAAACAGCUCAAAAAUUACUGAAUGGGAGGAAUUUAACGGGAGAUCGAGAUGAUAUGUGGUUGGUUCCACACACUCCAGACCUACCUCCUCCAUGUAUCACAAUCACUUUUCCGGAACCACUUCAGAUCAUAGGUGUUAGUAUAUGGAAUUACAAUGCUUCACCAGAAAUGUCGUACGCUGGUGUACGCUUGGCUAAAAUAUAUCUUAACGGAAAAGCACUUGAUUCUUUAAUAUUAUUAAGAAAAGCGCCAGGUGAAUAUUUUGGUGCUAUUUCCAGAGUUCGUUCUCGUUUCCUAAAUGAUAAAAGAUAUGUCUUAUUCGAUUUCGUUCAGGACAUAUUUUUCGAUAAUUGUGACUGUUUAUUUCGUCCUUUACCUCGACCAAAUACAAGUUCGCUUAGCGGAUUUAUAUAUCAACUACAGCUAUAUUCGACAUGGGGUGACGAAUUCUACAUUGGUUUAAAUGGAAUUGAAUUCUAUAGCCACCUUGAUUCGCUUAUUCCGCUGCGUGCACACAAUCUGGCAGCAUUUCCAGAGAGCGUCAACGUCCUUCCUGGAGUAAACGCAGAUCCGAGAACAAGUGAAAACCUUAUCAAUGGCGAAAAUGACACAGAUAGUAUGUCAAACAUAUGGCUCACACCAAUGUUACCAAAUCACUGUGCGAGAAUUUUCGUGGUCUUUGAUAUUCCAACUUUUGUCUCGCAAAUAGUUAUUUAUAAUUACCGUAAAACACCAGAAAGAGGAGUUCGCCACUUAUCGGUAUCAGUGGACGAUUUGAUAGUUUUCAGUGGUGAAGUGCCGACAAGCACAACUGAAAAAACGGGCAUACUUCGGGUUUCAUUACGUGAAUGA